AUUAUUUGUACCAGCAAAACCAUUUGGUGUAUAACGACCAACGUUGCUUCGUUUGGACUCCAUGCCCAAGUCCACCCUCUCCCUCUCUCCAACCUCACCUCCGACUCCUCUCCGAUGGCUACCUCUCAACUCUUGCACCAACCCCUUCCCUUCCAUCUCACUCCAAUCUCUCUCUCUCUGUCUCUCUCUCUCCUGCAAAACCACAACCCAGAUUACAAAAUCAUAAAAUCUCUAAACCCAUCAAAGAUCAAGUCUAAUCUGAAAGAGCAGAGCACAAUAUCAUAUCACAAAAUCUUCAAAUUUGGUCAACCCAUUGUUGAAGGAGAGGAAUCAUCUCUCAGUAUAUCGGGAAAUCAACAUGGGUUCAGAUUCUAUCUUAACCCCAAUCAUCAAACCCAUGCCAAUUCCAACCCAAGUAGAAGAAGAAGUAGAAGAAGAAGACCCUCCCAUUCCAACCACAGCUCUUCUCUCCUUCAACACUGACCAUUCUUCUUCACCCACACCUUCAAAACCCACCACCACCACCCUCCUCUUCAUCUCUCUCCUCCUCACGACCUUCAUUUCUCUCUCUGCCGCCCUCACUUUCGCCUUCCUCUUCUUCUCUCACACCUCCCAACCCAUUCCUCAAUUCGCUCGUCCACUCACCAAACUCAACCACCCAGUUGUUCUCUUGAUUUCCUCUGAUGGGUUUCGAUUUGGGUACCAAUUCAAGACCCCGACCCCCAACAUCCAUCGCUUGAUCAACCAAGGCACUGAGGCUGAUUUGGGUUUGAUUCCUGUCUUCCCAACUCUAACUUUCCCAAAUCAUUACGCAAUUGCCACUGGUUUAUACCCUGCUUAUCAUGGAAUCAUCAACAAUCUCUUCUUUGAUCCACACACUGGUGAUACUUUCUUUAUGGGUAGUCAUGAUCCCAAAUGGUGGUUAGGCGAGCCUCUUUGGGAGACUGUGGUCAAUCAUGGCUUGAAGGCUGCAACCUAUUUCUGGCCUGGUUCUGAGGUUAAAAAAGGUUCCUGGACUUGCCCUGAGGAUUUAUGCAAGCAUUUUAAUUAUUCAGUACCUUUUGAAGAGCGAGUCGAUACGGUUUUACAGUAUUUUGAUCUUCCAAGUAGUGAAAUCCCUGUGUUUAUGACAUUGUAUUUUGAGGACCCUGAUCAUCAGGGUCAUAAGGUUGGGGCUGAUGAUCCUGAGAUCACUGAGGCGGUUGCUAGGAUUGAUAGGAUGAUUGGGAGGUUGAUUCAAGGUUUAGAACAAAGAGGGGUUUUUGAGGAUGUUAGUAUAAUCAUGGUGGGUGAUCAUGGAAUGGUUGGUACAUGUGAUAAGAAGUUAUUCUUUCUUGAAGAUUUAUCACCAUGGAUUGAAAUUCCACAGGAUUGGGUUCAAUCUUAUAGUCCAUUGCUAGCCAUUCGUCCGCCACCAAGUUUCUCUCCAGUAGAUAUUGUGGCGAAGAUGAAUGAGGGAUUAAAUUCGGGGAAGGUUGAGAAUGGGAAGAAUUUGAAAGUUUAUCUUAAGGAGGAGCUGCCUAGUCGGCUACAUUACUCGGGGAGUGAUAGAAUUCCACCAAUAGUAGGGUUGAUUGAAGAAAGUUUUAAGGUGGAACAGAAGAGAUCAGAGAGGAAAGAAUGUGGAGGAUCACAUGGGUAUGACAAUGCGUUCUUCUCAAUGAGGACUAUCUUUAUUGGCCAUGGUCCUCAAUUUGCCAGGGGACGAAAGGUUCCCUCCUUUGAGAAUGUUCAGAUAUACAAUUUGGUCACUUCCAUUCUCAAUAUACAAGGAGCUCCCAACAACGGCACUGCAUCAUUUCCCAAAUCUAUUCUUUUGCCUCGCCACUGAAAUCCACUGAGAUUAUUCAAACAGUUUGAAUUUCCGGAGUAGUGGCAGAUAUACAGGGAUGGGUCAGAAAAGUUUAAUCUGUUAUGAACCCAUCUCCAUUUUGUUUGAUGAUAUUAUUAACCAAAAUUUAUUCUAGGAACACGAGGUAAUACACCAAUUUCUUGUCAUCUCUUCCAUUUUGUUGGAUCCAAUGUUAAUGAGUAGCACAUGUAAGUGUGGAACCUAGCAUCUAAAUUGUAUUCUUGUAAUUAUCAUUAUUUUUAUACAGGUAUAUGAAUAUACCACUUGGAUGUUUGAACAUGAUCUGUUUUGAGUUAAGGAAUUUCCAUGUUUCUAUUGACUUUAA